AUGGAAAGAGUUUUGAGUGAUAAUAGAUUCUUCCUAUUUGUUUUGUUUUUCACUGGAGUAGUAGUACAACUUUGUGUCAGUUCAAACUCGACCUUGGGCUGCAUAAAAGAGGAGAGAGUAGCUUUAUUAAAACUGAAAAAAAGUUUUAAAGUCGGCAUUUCAAGUUGGUUUCCUUCCUGGACUGGAAAAGAUUGCUGCAAGUGGGAAGGAGUGAGUUGUAGUAAGACUACUGGACAUGUUCUCAAGCUUAAUCUUUCCAUUCAAUUUCCCGGCGGUACCGAGUCAACAUCAUCUCCUAUGGUUGACUCAUCCGUGGUGGCGUUGAAGCAUUUAGAGUACUUGGAUUUGAGUGGAAACAACUUUCAAGGAAGCCAUAUUCCCCAUUUCCUUGGUUCCUUGAAGAGUCUGCGAUAUCUUAAUCUUUCUUGUGCAUAUUUCAAGGGAAAGAUUCCUGAACAACUUGGAAACCUUAGUCAUUUGGAAACUCUUGAUCUGAGUAAUCAAGAGACAAAGUUCACCAAUAGUGCUUUGUAUGCCGAAAAUUUCAAGUGGGUUUCAAGACUUGUGUAUUUGAAACAUCUUGACAUGAACUACGUGAACCUCACAACGGCAGUUGAUCUAAUGCAGGUACUCAUUACACUUCCUUCUCUUCCACACGUAAGGUUAGAAAAUUGUGGAAUCCAUAACGUUCACUUUUCUCCUAGCUCUUUUAAUUCUACAUUAAUCCCUUCAAGUAUUCAGUCCCUGAGUCUUGCUUCUAAUAUGCUUCAUGGAAAAAUUCAUGUUGCUCUCCCAAACAUGACACAAUCGUUUCAUUCUUAUAAUGAUACCACUUCUCCAUUCUGGUUAGGCAAUCUUAACAGCCUUGUUUAUCUCAAUCUUGAAAUGAAUGAGUUUAACGAUUUUGAAGGUGGACUAUGGUCAUUAUUGAAUAAUGCUUGUUCCUUGAAGUCAUUACAUUUGUCUUCCAAUCAGUUUUAUGGGAAUGUGUUAGAGACCAAAAACACUCCAUCAAGAUGUCGAGAAUUUGGUUUAGAGUUUCUGGAUUUAGGUGGUAAUAGAGUAUAUGGUAGCAUACCAGAUUGGUUAGGACAAUUGUCUAAUUUGAAAGAACUGCAUCUCUCAAAUAACCAAUUGAAUGGUACCAUCACACCAUUUAUAGGAAGAUUGUUGACCUUAGAACACUUAGAUCUUUCAAAUAAUAAGUUGAUCGGAUCUCUUCCUUACAGUCUUGGGCAAUUAGUACAUUUAAGGACACUCGAUGUUUCAUGUAAUUUCUUGGAAGGUGUUGUCACUGAAUCUCACUUUGCCAACCUUUCAAAUUUGAAGAAGUUGAUCAUUAGUGCCAACCAUCUAAUUUGCCAAUUCGACCCAAACUGGACUCCUCCAUUUUUGCAGCUAGAAGUUCUUAACAUGUCAUCUUGUCAAAUUCGAUCCAAAUUUCCUGAGUGGCUUAGGAAUCUUUCCAUUAUUGUACUAGAUCUUUCCAACACUAGCAUUUCCGGAAAUUUUCCAACAUGGCAAUCUUCUUUCAUCUACAUCGAUCUCUCAAUGAACCAAAUAAGUGGAAAUCUUCCAACCAAUUUUGUUAGCAACUUAUCUUUCACUUUACGUCUUGCCAACAACUUCAUAAAUGGUUCAAUCCCAGAUUCAUGGUGUAAAUUAGAGUUUCUCCUAUUUCUUGAUGUUUCAAAAAACAAGCUUUCUGGAGAAGUACCUAAAUGUUGGGGAUAUGGUGAUACACAAUUUUCGCUCAUAAAUCUCUCGUCUAACAGAUUAUCAGGGACUAUUCCUUCUUUUUCACAUUGUUUUCUGAGAUGGUUGCACUUGAAUAACAACAGUCUCAGUGGCGAGCUACCUCAAUCUUUGAGUAACUGCACUGAAUUAGAACUUCUAGACGUUGGAGACAAUAAUCUUUCUGGAACUAUACCAUAUUCGAUUGGGGAGAUUUCGUCAUUGCAAAUUCUCAGGCUUCGAAACAAUAUGUUAAAUGGUGAUAUUCCAUCACGAUUGUGUCAGCUCAGUGGUCUGCAAAUCAUGGACCUUGCUGGGAAUAAAUUAACAAGAGGGAUUCCACGUUGCUUCGAGUUGCUUAUUGGUAUGGCUACAGAAAUAAAUGAAGAUCGUUCGGCUUUGGCUUUUCCCCAGUAUUACAGAAUAUCCGAGAAAGCAUAUCAGAUUGUGAGUGAGAUUAUGGAUUUCGAAAAAUUCAGGAGCGAGGAAAUGAUUUUGGCAUCCAUGAAAGGAUUAUAUCUUGAGUACUCAAAAAUGCAGCUGCAACUACUCGAGAUUAUGGACCUUUCAAGUAAUGAGCUCGAUGGAGUUGUUCCGGAGGGGCUUUGCAAGCUCGUCGGAUUGCAUGGUUUGAACUUGUCACACAACCAUUUGUCAGGCAAUAUGCCCAAAAAUAUUGGAAAGCUCAAGUUUUUGGAGUCUUUUGAUCUCUCACACAACGAAUUGGUUGGCACGAUCCCACAAAGCUUGUCUGUCAUAACCACACUAAGCUACCUCAACUUGUCUCACAACAACUUGUCAGGCAAAAUUCCACUCGGCAAUCAGCUUCAGACUCUGAAUGAUUUGUCAAUUUAUGAAGGAAAUCCACUGCUUUGCGGGGUUCCAUUACCAAAGAAAUGUCCCACUGAUCCUGAUUCAACCCAACCUCCAUUGAUCUCCAGCAAUGCAGACAAAGAUGAUAAUGAGGAAGUUGAAGACAAGGCCCAAAAAAUAUGGUUUUACUUUGUCAUAUUUUUUGGAUAUGUAACUGGCUUAUGGACAGUUAUUGGGAUUUUAGUGUUUAAAAGAGAAUGGAGAUUUGCCUAUUUUCGUUUUGCCGAAGACACCAAAGAACACAUGCUUGCGAUGAUGACGGUAAAAGUAACAAGGCUGAAGAGGAAGAUGAUGAUUGGACCAUUAAGGGCAAGAAACGGAUAUAAGGAAUUAUGCUUGUACGACAUUCAUAUCCAUUAUGCCUUGUUUAAAGAUGUCAAGACGUCAAAGUUUCAAUGA